ACCUCCAACACUAUCUCCUGGUCUUUGCACCUCUUGGCAAAGGAGCCAGAGAUCCAAGAACAGCUGUACCAGGAAGUGAUCGGAGUUUGUCCCGGUGACAAAGUGCCAAACAGCAGUGACAUCGCUCAUAUGCCGUUUCUGAAGGCCAUCAUCAGAGAGACGCUGCGGCUGUAUCCGGUGGUACCAGGGAACGCCCGAGUCACUGUGGACAAUGAGAUUGUGGUUGGAGAUUAUCUCUUCCCAAAAGAGACUCUGUUCCACUUGUGCCACUACGCCGUUUCGUACGAUGAAAACGUCUUCCCGGACCCCCACACCUUCCUGCCUCAGCGCUGGCUCCGAGGACUGGAGGAUAAAUCCAAGCAGCACCCGUUCGGGUCGGUGCCGUUCGGUUUUGGUGUCCGGGCGUGUUUGGGGCGGCGGGUGGCUGAGCUUGAGAUGUAUCUCCUCCUGUCCAGGUUGAUAAAGCAGUACGAGGUGAGGCCGGAUCCUGCUGGAACCACAGUGAAGCCGAUCACCAGAACCCUGCUUUGUCCCGCCACGCCGAUAAACCUGCAGUUUCUGAACAGGAGAGUGGAGCAGGCAGAGCCGAGGGCAGCGGCCGGAGCUUCUCUGUGAGCUGCUUUUAGUAUUCACACUGUGUUGCCUUUCUGUCACCAAGCACUUGUUUAUACAGAGUUUAAAACAUGAGCACCGGCUGGAAUCCGCCUAAACUGUGCUGCUGCUGCAGACUGAAUGAAGAGGGGGGCUGUGCAGUAUAUAGAACCACUACACUGUUGACUCAUACUUUAACGCACAGUUUAGUCAAUGCACAUCUACAGACGCCACUUUUUUUUUUCACUGUGAGCUGUUUCCAAACUUUAUUCAGUCCUUUCUGGAUAGAAUUUACGCGUUUUCUUCAUGUUUCUGUGGGUCUGACUGUAGUGUCUCCAAAGAAAUGUGUGUAUUCCGAGAUCAUUUCUGCUCAUGCCUCUAAAAGCUAGUGCUGAUGUUAUUCAGUAUUUUAUUUAAUCGUUAAUCCAAAGCAACAAGUUCGUCUCUGGACACUUUUAGACUUUGCUACACUACAAGAUUCCUGCUGAAAUGUGCAUCCUAAAUGGCACUUAUUUUUUAUUUGCUGAGCACUGUAGUUUGUAGGAACCAUUACUCGUAUUUAAAAUACUUCAUCUUUUUCAGUGUUUAAGAGGGAAGAUUUGUGCACAAAGGCUUUUUUUCAGUGUAUGUAAAAAAUGAACAAAAAUCAAUUCGUAGUUUAUUUUUACUACAAAUAUAUAGACACUACUCGUCCUUCUUUUGAAGUAGUUUAAGUAAUGUUUUUACGCUGUAUAUUAAAGACUUUAAGUGUUGAUCUAACAAUACAAAAUUUUAACAUGGAGAUUCAAAAAAGAAUUGUGUCAUAUUUUGUUUUUUUGUACAUAUGUUUUUUUUUCUAGGUUUUAAUAAUGUUUAUAAAUGUAAUUUCUUUUUUUAAUUAAAUAUGUAUGCUGUUUAAGUUGUGCAAAGAUGUAAUUAAAAUGUCUAUACUGUGUAAUUUGUAAGUUUUUAAUAUUUUAGAUGAUUUAACAGACUGUAAUAACACAAGUUGGGGGAAAAAAAAAGAUUUUAGGCUUUUUUUUUAACAAAUGCAAGUUGCACACUGUGUUUGAAUUUUCAACAGAUGUCAGUGUCAUCCUCAUGUCUUAUUUUGUCAAAUAAAGUUGCAAAUAUACUUUU